AUGCCAAGAUCUAGAUCUCGUCAAAGCAAAAGGACUCAAUCACCAGAAGAGACGCGGUCCCCCAGAAGCUCAAGGGCUCGCCGUGCUGAUCUUUCAGGAUUGGACUUAAAUCCAGAAGAAGUGGAUGAUGAUGAAGAAUAUAGCGAACAGAUGCAGGAAGAUGAAGAUGAAGAAGAUGGGGCUAAGAAUGACUCAGAAGAUAACGAGGAAGAAGAAGUGAUAAGUAAGAGAAAUUCCAGAAAGAGAAAGAUUGAUAGUGAUGAAGAUGAAGACGAUGACAAAGUGGAAGAAGAUGGAAUAGAAGACGAAGAAGAUGGAGAGGAAGAAGAAGAAGAAGAAGAAGAGGAUCAAGAGGAGGAGGAAGAAGAAGAAGAAGAAAAAAAGAAGCCCAUUGAACGCAAAGUGCAAAUUCAUAUGGAGGAUAAAAGAAGGGGCCCAAAAAAGAGAGGUAGAAAGAGGACUAGAUUGACAAUCACCGAUGAUGGAUUCUUUGACGAAGAAGGUAACACAUUGAAUAUUAUCGAUGACGAGGUUGUACUUGAUGAUGAAGAUCCUAAGGGAAAAGAAAAGAUUGACGAGAACGGUAAUUUGCAAGGAAAUAGACAGUUCCGUAUGAAAGUAUUCACUGUUUUGGGAAAUGGGGACAAGAAAUUCAUGAUUUCUACAGAACCUGCCCGUCUUGUAGGGUUCCGUGACUCCUAUUUAUUAUUUAAGACUCACAGGAACUUGUUCAAGAAGGUUUGUACCCACGAAGAAAAAAUUGAUCUUAUUGAUAGACACAUAAUUCCAAAUUCAUAUAAAGGUAGGUCGGUUAAUUUGGUUGCGGCUAGAUCUAUUUUCAGGGAAUUUGGAGCAAGAAUUAUCAAAGAAGGUAAAAAGGUGAUCGAUGAUUUCUGGGAACAAAGAGCUAUUGAUAAUGGUGAUGUCCCCGGUGAAUAUGCAGACCCAGCGGAGUUAUAUGGAAAUCUUUAUAAGCAACCGACAGUUUUAGGCGACACCGGUUCGAAUGCAGGGACAACGCCGAUUGCGGGAGCGCCCGUAGUUAGUUAUCAAUCUGAUCCAACAUGGAUGUAUCAAAUCGCUUUGAAAACAAGAGAGUAUAAUUCUAAAUUGCUCGAACAAAGAAGUCAAACGUUCAUUCGUGGUAUUAAGGAUGUAUAUACUGGAUUAAAUUUUUAUCCAACUAGCACUCAGCCUACAAGGGUUAAAAUGAUGAAAGUUGGUGAGAAUGAGGAUGAAACAAUAACAUAUGAUACUACAUUUGUGAAUCCAAACAUUCGAAGUAAGGUGACGGGUUUAAGGGAUGUGCCUUUGAGCAUUUUCGAAGAUAUAGAAGACGAAGAACUCAAAAACGCAAUUUUGGAGCAACAAGCCUAUGAAAAAUCAUUUGUAAAUUGA